AUGCUGGAUGGUAUAGUUCGCGUCGGCGGCCGGCUUGCGAAUGCGCAGAUUUCAACCGGAAGACGACAUCCGAUAAUUUUGGACAAAGAUCACCCGCUAACUGAACUUAUCGUACUGCACUACCAUCAUAAUCUGCUACACGCAGGGCAACAGCUGCUCAUUGCCAGUGUUCGAGAGCGAUUCCGCAAUCUCGCCCGCAAAAUCAUUCACCGUUGCGUCUUUUGCUUCCGAAUCAAACCAACUGUGCACGAGCAAUUGAUGGCUGAUCUACCCUCAGAACGCGUGACACCUGCCCCACCGUUUUUACGUGUUGGUGUCGACUACUGCGGACCGUUCCAGACAAAUUACGCAAAUCGCAAGAAGGGUCCGCUAAAAUGCUAUGCUGCUAUUUUUGUAUGCCUCGUUACCAAAGCAGUUCACAUCGAAUUGGUUGCGGAUUUGACGACAUCCGCAUUUAUAGCUGCUUUUAAACGGUUUGUGGCGAGACGAGGUAAACCGUCGAUCGUCAUGUGCGAUAAUGGCAAGAACUUUGUGGGAGCUAAGCGUGAACUAGAUGAACUGUGCAAGGUUUUUCUCACUCAGCGAUCGCAAGAGCAAAUUGUCUCAGAAGCAGCAGAUGACGGUGUCGAGUUUAAGUUUAUUCCACCUAGAUAUCCUAAUUUUGGCGGCUUGUGGGAGGCUGCCGUUAAGUCCAUGAAGCAGCAUCUCAAACGGACAAUCGGCAUGAAAGUUCUCACACCAGACGAGCUUCAAACGAUACUUGUACAAAUAGAGUCAUGCCUAAAUUCAAGACCUCUUACUCCUUUGAGUAAUGACCCCGGAGACUUUGAAGUACUAACUCCAGGGCACUUUUUGAUUCAACGCCCACUAACCGCACUACCAGAGCCAGCACUCAAAGAGGUUCCAGAGUAUCGGCUUUCUCGAUGGCAGUGCGCACAAGAUUUCCUGUAG